AUGCAGCCACCCACAGUUGCACCCACAGUUCAGGCUGUUCAGCCCGACCAAGGCGAUGAAGAAGCCUUAUUAAAUGACUCCGAGCUCGAGACCACAGAUUCGGACCCAAUUCACAUAUCCGAUUCGCCACAACCAACACAGGCUUGUCAAAGUACGGAUACACUUGCGGACUCACCUCCAGAAGAAGAAGAAGCGCCGACCCCGCCUCCGCUCAUGCAUUUCCCCCACUGCCGGCUGGACAUCACCACCAUCACGGCCAGCGACCUGCCGGCCUCGUUCGAGCGGGUGGCGCUUCCGGGAUCCCUCGUCCGCACGCUCCUCUCGCGGUUUGAGGAUGAGAUUGUACAAACAACAACGACAACUCAGGCGCGGGAACAACCACAACCACAACAAAAGUCACAACAACAACAAUUACUACAGCCCCGCCUGACAGUAAAUGGUGGGAGUGGUGGCGGGAGUGGCGGUGGAAGGAAAGAAGCGGUGCAGAUCCAGCGGCACUUCGACGACGACGACGAAUGGGUCUACUCGCGCUGUCUGCUGGCCGAUUACACCAACUUCCGCGAGGACGAGGCCGAGGCGCUGUCGGAGCACAGCAGGCUUUGUUGCUGGGCUAGUGUACUACUGCGGCCACUGCCACUUGAACCUGGGGCCGCCGAAGGGGAAGGGGAAGGGGAAGGGGGAAGUAGUAGCGGUGGUGGUAGUAGUGGUGGGUGGGAGUUGGAGUUUAUCGUGCUGCGCGUGGGGGUCAGGGAUCCCGAGAGUGGGUGGUGUGAAUGUUUCUGA